AAAAUCUGUUUUUGACAUGGAGUUUACCAGGUGCUACCUUCCAAUGGAGUGGGAAGAGCGAUGGAGGAAAGAGAAAGAGAGGAGAAAAAGAGUUAUUGAAGAAGGUGGAGAAGGAUUAGAACAAGACAACCGUGAGCUGAGGCAGAUUGUUGCUUACAAUGACUCUAGGAUGGGCCUGGCAUGUCAAAGGGAUAGGACUGAAGAGUGUGAGGUGAGAAAGACUCAAACUAAUAAUGAAGCUACCGGUGGACAUAUUAGUGAUGAGGCAUUUGAGGAUUUAGGACAUCAUGUCCAUACUUACUCAAGCAUAACCUUUUCUAAGGACAUUUUUAUGUCUCUGAAAGAACUGCAGAAUUCCUCACUUCUUACAGACCUGACUCUGACUACUGAGGAUGGCGGAAGCUUCAGUGUGCACUCCCUUAUCCUGGCUGCUGUCAGUGCCUUCAUUUUAGAAAGACUAAAGGAAAAAAAUAUGGGACAGUCAUACAACACUCAAGGGAAAGUCAAAAUGUGGUCAGUACACAUGGGUCCAGAACUUGACCAAGUUGGGCUUCAGGCAGUUCUUGAGUUUGCUUAUAGUGGGGAUGUAUCAAUUUUAAACAAAGACACAAUGACUCAGAUCAAGACGGCAGCUCAAGUACUGGAGGUCCCAUUGCUGAUGGAUCUCUGCAACAACACGGACACAAAGAAAGAAGAUAAAUGUCCAAAAAAAGAGCAAGGAGCAAUCUCUGCAGAAGUACAUCUGAAGAAUACUCUUCUGUCCAUUCAAAGGUUGUGGGAAGACAAAAUUGGAUGUGAUGUAAUUUUGGAUGUGUCUGGAUUUUUUUUCCAUGUACACAGAAUUAUCCUGGCAGCAAGCAGUGAUUACUUCCAUGGGAUGUUUACCUGUGGAAUGAGGGAAAGCCACCAGACCUGCAUCACCCUUCCUUUUAUUCCCAUUUGUGAAUUAGAGGCACUAAUUCAUUGGUCCUACAGCGGGACCCUUCUUCUAAGCUGGGACUCUGUUUUUGAAAUAACCUGCACUGCCCUCCAGCUUCAGUUUCAACCUGCUUUCUUGAUUUGCCUGAAAUUCAUGCAAGAAAAACUACAGGUGAACUCAUGCCUGGACGUGGCGUCUUUCGCUGAAGCAUAUGGCUUGUCAGAGCUCCUGGAGGAAGCCAAUGACUUUGUACUGAGGAACUUCAGGGAAGUAUCAGCAACUGCAAAGUUCCAAGACCUUUCAGCAGAGAAGCUCUUAAACUUACUUUGCUGCGAUGGUUUGUGUGUGCCUUCAGAGUUGACUGUAUUUAGAGCUGUAAUCUCAUGGAUUCAGGCAGAUCCUAAGGAGAGGUUUGCCCAGGCUGCUGCACUAAUGAGUGGAGUUCGUUUCCCACUCAUGACUUUUCGAGAGUUCAGGGAGGUCAGAGAAAUUAAUCUGCGCAUGGAGUGCUUUGCAGACAAAGAAGUGGAACUCUAUGGGUCUGCUCUCAAGGAAUUUGGUUUCAGUCUCCCAAAGUCUGAUGAUUAUUGUCGGAUCAGGCGACCCAAAGAUGUUCUUUGUGUGGUUGGAGGAGACCAGCAAGAUCCAGAUGUGGGUAAACGUAUAACAAGCCAGGAUAUUUGGUUUGCUAACUCUUUACGCAAUGGGACAGGUUUGGUGAAGGAGAUAGAAUGGAGGAGACUAUGUGAAAUUCCAGACAAGCCAAAGUUCAGACAUGGUGUGGCAGUAAUAGAUGGGAGGUUGUUUGUUGCUGGUGGAUGUUACUUUUAUGCCAAGGAUAAUAUAAUGAAAUCUGCCUACAGUUAUGACCCAGUGACGGACAGCUGGAAAAGGCUGGCUGACAUGCAGGAACCAAGAAGUAACUUCUCAUUGGUGGUACAUGAGAACCACCUUUAUGCCAUUGGUGGAGACAAGGAGAUCAACACCAACACAGAUAGUGUUGAGAUGUAUAAAUCCGACAGUGACUCCUGGAGCUUCGUCCACCCUCUGGACCAGGAUCUCAGUGGCUAUGGAGUCUCUACCAUAAAUGGAGGCAUUUUUAUCUCUGGAGGUUUUAACUGUAAAUAUGUGUGUCUGGUUUCUAUGUUCCUUUACCACCCAGAGAGAGGAAGCGUCUACCUGGCAAACAUGUCCUAUGACAGAGCCCAACAUUGCAUGGAAGCAUUGCGAGGAUGUCUUUUUGUUGCUGGUGGGGUGUGUAACUUGAGAAAGUUCUACGCUGAUCAACUAGCCUGUGAGGUGUAUGAUCCAGUCACUGACACUUGGACUGAUUUUGCAUCGCUGCCACUAGCCCAUGUUGGUGCUGCCUCAGCUGUCCUGGAGAAGAAGAUCUACGUUCUAGGAGGAUACUGUCAGGAUGAUUACAGCGAGUCAGGACUGGUCCAUCGCUUUGAUCCCAGCUUGCAGCGUUGGGAGAACAUGGGCAAACUACCAGGGGCUGUUACUGACAUUAAGGCCUGUCUUCUUCACUUGCCCCAGCAUUUUAGACACUAACCAGUUGGUCAGAAUCACAGAGCCUUACAAAAAUCCAAUCUGACAGUCUGACUCACACAUACAGUGGCUAGCAAUAGUAUUUAGACCCCUUUAACUUGUAUUUUGCUUAGAUUUAAUUGAUAGACCAAUAAAAAUAAUGCAGAACUGUGAAGUGAAACAAAAAUGAUAUAUGUGUAUUAACAUUUAUUAUAAAUAAUUGUAAUAAGUAGUGUAUGCAUGUCUUCAGCCUAACCUAACCCACCUUUUCACUACCAAUACAGCUGUAUUUUUUUUGCUGUACUGCAUGUCUUUAUGAGCUUUGCACAUUUGGAAAGUGAUAUUUUGUUCCAUUUUUCUUUGCAAAAAAAGUCUACCAGGUUCUCUUCCAGGAUCAUCUUGUGUGUAGCUCUGCCAAUCUCCCCAUCAAAUCUGAUCAGCUUUCCUGCUGAAGAAAAGCAUCCCCAAAGCAUGAUGCUGCCCUCAUCACAUUUUAUUUUGAUCUGCUUUGUUAGUUUUCCAACCAAACUACACUUCAAAAGCUGACAGCCCCGUGGGUUAAAUCAACUUAUUUUAUCACUUGAACUCCACUUGUUAAAACAGGAUAAACAUUAAUGCAAUUUCCAAUGUUUACAUUAUACAUUAGUUGCAAAUCAUCCUUGUUGUUCUUGUCAGAGUUGAGACUAUGCAAAUCUGAAAGUCCACUGAACUCAUAGUUUUAAUGCAGUCUUUGAACUUUAAUUUCUAAGUUAAGAGUUAUGUUUUUUCAUUUGUUUUUUGCAUUUCUUUUUGCAUAUAGGCCAAAUAGUUACAUUUUGAUCCAAUGUAAUUUCUAAGUUAAGAGUUAUGUUUUUUCAUUUGUUUUUUGCAUUUCUUUUUGCAUAUAGGCCAAAUAGUUACAUUUUGAUCCAAUGUAAUCAGCGCAUUUUCUCCCACAUGUUUUCUGUAUUUCCUAUAUGACUCGUGCUGAACCACAAACUUCUUCUGGCUUUCUUUCAACAAAGCCUUUAUUCUUCCUAGUUUUCUAUAAAGGCCAGAUUUGUUGAGUGCAUGACAAACAUGACCUGUUAACAAAUGUUCCCACUUGAGAUGUGGAUCUUUGAAGCUCCUCCAGAGUAACCAUUGGCCGCUCGCUUUUUCUCUGAUAAAUGCACUCCCUGCUUGCAUGUUAGGUGGAUGUUCCUGCGUUGGUAGUUUUGCAGUCGUAGUCUUUUAAUUUUUCAGAUGAUGGGUUAAAUAGAGUUCUGUGAGAUGUUCAAAGCUUCUGAUAUUGUUUGAAGACUUCACUAUGCUUUAAACUUCCCCACAACCUU